AUCGUACCAGAUCGCGGCGGGCGACACCUACUAAAUCAUCUCCACCACCAAGCCGCAGAACACGCAGUACCAGCAUGGAGCGCGUGAACCCCAAACUGGUGCCCACCAACCUCGACAUCGGCAUCACGGUCAUGUUCCCUAUCUUCUGCCAGUGCCCGGCCGCCGCCGACAACGCCACCGCGCUCAUCACCACCAAGCUUCAGCAAUACACGUCACUCGAUGACGUUUCUGCGGACGCGCUUUUGCGCCUCACCCGCCCGAUGGAGUGGGAGAGGACAACUAAGCCGGCUAUGGCGCACCAACCGUUAAGCACGAUCUGGCUAGGCACGACGCCGAAGGGGGCAAGCACCUCGCAGAGGCAGCUGAGUAGUGGGACGCGCAUGCCAGCCUGUAGAGGAGGAGCAUCGAAGAAUGGUGCUCACAAGUUGUUCGAUGAAAUGCCCUCAAGCAACUGGAGGUCACCAGGCCGCUUCCUCGACGUCAAUAUAUGCCUGAUCAAGUGCUACAUGCAGCAGCUGUUCGUGGGGCUGCAGCACUGCCAUGAGCGGGGCAUCCUUCACCAGGACAUCAAGGGCUCCAAUCUGCUGAUCGACUACCCCGACAUGCUCGGUGACUUCGGCCUCAACAACUACGGCGCUGGGCACCGACAACCGCUCACCAGCCGCGUCGUCACGCUCUGGUACCGCACACCUGUGCUGCUGCUGAACUCCACCAGCUACGGCGUCGGCUUCGACCUCUGGAGCGCGGGUUGCCUCAACGAGAUCUUCUUCGGCAAGCCCCUCAUGCCCGGCAGUGGCGAGAUGUACCAGCUACUGAAGAUCUUCAAGCUGUGCGGGUCACCUCCGGAUAUGGUCGAACUCCAACAGCACAUCAACAAUGGUCACGCGGUUCUAGGUGCCCACCGUGUGUUCGAGGAAUUGUCAUCACAUGUUAUUGCCACCUGCAACAAUGGUGUUGGCUCGACGAUGCAAGACCUGGCACAUGCUAUCGGUAAUACUGAAGUGUGGCCAAUACCAUGGCCAUCUUUCAGUUUCUCUCCAAUUGGAUUGGCUCCACUAUUAGCAUUGGAAUCAAUUGCAGUGGUAGGUGGAAGGUGCGUGCUUCAGAAGAGUGCAAAAUUCAAAAUUAUCUAUAGGCUGAGUAGUGUGUUGGCUUGGUUUGUUGGUUCUGGUGACCAGGAACUUAGAUGGUUGUCUAGUUAUCUAUUCAUGCAUUAUGGUAAUUCCUGGAAGUUAGUUGUGUAUGAUGGCCAAGGGCACAUAUUGGUGACAAUGUUGAGCUCAAUUUCUAUUCGAGAAGUGGGUUCCUUUAGAUGUGUGCUGAAAUUCAUAUGGGUCCUAUUCUGGUCGUGGGUGUCCUAGACUUCAUGAUGGUACUAUCCAUGAGUCUAAAACAGUGUGAUACAAAAUCAUCUCGCAGAGUGGAGAAAAGGGAGAUUUCUAAAAUUACAGAUGCAACAAUCAUGCUUUUAGAAGAAAUGAAGGCACAUGGUAUUAAGUUGAAAGGAGAAACCUACCAUUGUCUACUGAAUGCACUUGCAACAACAAGGCAAACUGAUCAAGCUUAUGUCGUAUUUAGUGGUACGAGUGUUGCUGGGCUUGUGCACAGAGAUUCUGUUCAAUUCAGGCCAAUACCAUGGUUUUUCUUCAGAUUGUGUAGUGAGGUUGGUUACAGGUCCUAUAAUUGGACUGAGCGAAUAUCUGAACCCACAGAACAACUCAUGAUGGUGUUGUCAUCUCUAGCUUGGUCAGGUACUCAGACAGUUACCACACUAAAAUUACAAGAUCAAAUUCAGCAGCAAGACAUUAUGGUGCUCAUUGACUCUGGAUCUUCUCAUACUUUUAUCAGUGACAAAUUGCGACCAAUGUUAUCGGGUGUGGAACCUCUGGUUAACCCAAUCACAGUUCAACUGGCUAUUAGACAAGUUAUUCCUUGCCAUUACCAUUUGCCUUUAGCCAAGUGGAGUAUGUCGGGCUGUCACUUUUCAGCAGACCUGAAGUUCUUGCUAAUACCUUCAUUUGGUCAAGUUAUUACUUGCAAUUAUCAGGUGCCUUCAGCUGAGUGGACCAUGCCUGUUCGCAGUUUUUCAGUGGAUCUCACGUUUUUACUCUUACCCUUGUUUGAUCUGGUCGUGGGCAUGGACAGGCUGCAACGAUAUAGUCCUAUGCCAGUGAACUGGUCUAACAAAUGGAUGAUCAUUCCCUAUCAAGGAGCAACUAGGUGUUUACAAGGUGUUCACCCUUCUGUUCCCACAGGAGCAAUAGUGGAGCUGUGGUUACUCUCGGCCACCUCCCAGCAGAACCGUUUCCCUGACAGCAAGAUGCCAACAAUCAAUACUCAGGUGCAGGAUAUUCCUUCCCAGUUUUUGGAUAUUUUUGAGGAUCCAGUUGGGUUGCCUCCAAGCAGGCCGGGUGAUCACAAUAUCCCUCUGUUACUCGGUGCACAUAUGUUUACUGUGUGCCUCUAUCAGUACACACCGGCUCUCAAAGAUCAUGAUACGCAAGCACAAGAGUUGUUGACUCAAUUGGCCAUCGUCUCAGCAUAUCCCAAUUCACCUUUCACUAUGCAGUUGGUACAUGGUCCAAGUGAUCUGGUCAGGGAUGGAUGCUUCGCAUGCAACUUGGGAGGACGCCGAAGCGCAGAAGAAUCGCUUCCCAUCAGCGACCGCUUGGGGACAAGCGGCGUUCGAAGAAGGGGGGAAUGUCAGCAUCAGCCCUUCGAUAGAGCAGGUCUUGCCGGUUGUGGCACAGGAGCAGUUGAACGCUGAGUUGGAUGAUGGGCCAGAAGAGCAAGCUGAUGAUGGGCCGAGAAGGGGCGUUCGUCAAAGGAAAAUGAACCCACGAAUGCACAAGCAGAGACUGGAGUAUAUAUAUAUUAGGAAUGUGUUGUGGUAGAGGGUAUGAAAUUUUUGUAGGCUAGCAGCUGCGACCGUCUUCUCCUAUUACUAUCUGAAGCUCUGAACUUGGAAGAUAACUCUCUCAGCCUUAGCGGUCUGGUGCUGACCGGUAACCGCCGCGCCUGGGAUUCUGAGCUGUGGGUGAUGUUCUUGUACUUUCUUUAUUGAUGGCGAAUGCAGAAGGUUCUUGCCUCGUGAGAUGUCCAAACUGUCUCGACAUUCUCCCAGAACCGCACAACGUUAUAGUCUACAAGUGCGGCGGAUGUGGCACCAUCCUUCGUGCUAAAAUCUGUGCUAGCAAUGGCCAACACAUGGCUGCAAAACAAGGUCGCCAAGACUCUGACAGUUAUUCGGUCGCUACAGCUGUGAGCAAUGGGGCGCCUCCUCGAAAUAAAGAGCGAGGCUCAGAGAGCUCCUUCAAUGUUGAUGCUCCUAGCUUCGAGCAUGGCAACAAUAGGACAGGGAAGGGUGAAAAUGGUGAUGAUGUGCUGGCUAGGCAGAAUGCUAUGGUGGUUCACCAUGCUGAGAGCAAGGAAAACCACACUGUGGAAUAACCUACAGAGAAUAGGGUGAAAAUGGUGAUAAUGUGCUGGCUAGGCAGAAUGCUAUGGUGGUUCACCAUGCUGAGAGCAAGGAAAACCACACUGUGGAACAACCUACAGAGAAUUCAAAGACCUUCCGAGUAGUAAGUGGACGUGAUGAUAUAGAACAACUCUAAUAACAAAAUGGUUUCUUUUGAGAACAGCAAAGCAGUCGCGGCCGUCAGUAUGCAAGAUCCUGAGCAGAAGGAAGCAGGCAGAGUCAGAGCUGAACAUGCAACUAACAAGAAGGGUUAUCUUGUGAGGGUACUAUCUUGGUCCUGUGAUCUUCAAUAGUCACGACUCACGAGACUCGACUGAUUUCCAUUGUGCACGGACUUCUCUGCAGCCGAAAAGUUUUAGAGCCAGUGAGAUUGUAUUUGAUUUCCAUUUGUCAUGAGACUCGUCAAACAAAAGGCAAUUGAGAUUAUAUUUGAAAUAUUUUGAUGAUUAUAA